UUAAAAUGAAUGAAACUGCCAAAUUUUUAUUCCACUGUGUCUCAGUGCACUAAGUAGUGUUCAUGUUGUACUACUAGACAUGAGCCUGGUUUUUGAUAGCUUGUGCUGAGAUUCUAAAGUAUGUAGUCACGAAAAAUAUUUAAAUAUAGUAACAUGGAAUAUAUUGUCUUCUUGGUUGUGUAUGGAAUGCAUCAUAAAGCCGUGAUCAACAGAUGACAAUGCCCAUGGAUCAGAAUCAUCAGCAGCAUCAAGAAGCAUGGUCAAGAGGUACCCAGGUUGUGGCUAAUUAUAACUUUGAAGGAUCCUCACCAGAUGAUUUACCUUUCAAGAAAGGCGAUGUUCUCACCAUAGUACAGCCCACUAAGGACCCAAACUGGUAUAAAGGUAAAAAUGAAAGUGGAAAGGAAGGAAUGGUACCUGCCACAUAUGUACAGAAAAGGAAAGAGGUUCAUUUACAGGCCAUGCCUUGGUAUCAUGGUAAAAUUUCCCGGGAGGAGGCGGAGGCCCUGUUAAAUGAUUUCCGCGAGGAGGGCGACUUCCUGGUCAGAGACAGUGUCCACUUCCAGGGGGACUACACUCUGUCCAUUUAUUUCGAGGGCAUGGUGGAUCACUAUAGAAUUAUCGCUAAACACAACAAGUUAGAAGUGGAUGGUGGUGACUGUCUGUUUGAUAACCUAAUUCAGCUCGUUGAGCACUAUCAGAAUGAUGCCGAUGGACUAUGUACAAAAUUAAUACGUGCAUUACCCAAGAAAGGAGACAGUUUCGGAGCGGUUCGGAUCCAGGACUUCGAGGCCGGUGGCUGGGUGAUACAGAAGAAAGAUCUGCAGGAAAUCGAAUUAAUUGGCAGAGGAGAAUUUGGAGAUGUAUAUAAAGGUCUAUAUAAAAAUCAGUUUGUAGCUGUAAAACAGUUGAAAGACCAAGAUCGAGCAGCUCAGGCCUUUCUUAAAGAAGCUUCAGUAAUGACGUCAUUACGGCAUCCUAACCUGGUCCAGCUGAUAGGCGUGGUCCUGGGCGACACGAUACGGCUGGUGACGGAGUUCAUGGGGAAAGGAAACCUCGUGGAAUACCUCAGGUCGAGGGGGCGUAGCGUCAUACAGAAAAAAGACCAGAUUGAUUUCGCUACAGAUACAUGUGCUGCCAUGGAAUAUUUAGAGAGUAAAAAAUUAGUUCAUCGAGAUUUAGCAGCCAGAAAUAUACUCAUUAAUGAGAAUAACACAGCCAAGGUGUCAGAUUUUGGUUUAGCCAAGUAUGGAGAUUACAGCACAGAGGGUGGAAAGUUUCCCAUCAAGUGGACGGCUCCAGAGGCCCUCAAAAACAAUAACUUUAGUAAUAAAUCAGAUAUGUGGAGUUAUGGCAUACUACUGUGGGAGCUGUAUUCAUUUGGAAGGGUUCCAUAUCCAAGAAUUCCUCUUGCUGAUGUUGUGAUGCAUGUUGAGAAAGGUUACCGAAUGGAGGCCCCUGAAGGGUGCCCAAAACAGAUUUACAGCUUGAUGUUGAGAGCCUGGAAUUUGAACCCCGCAGAGCGCCCCACCUUUAAAGAGGCCUUACAAGAGUUACAGAACUUGAGAUCGACGACUGUUUAGUGUUUCUCUCCAUGUACAGUGUAUAUAUAUAUAUUGACAAUUCCUACAUCUUAAUAAUAAGUGCUGAAACCUUAAAUUCAACCUUUUGAAGUUUAAUUAUUUUUUUCAGUUAAUAGAUAUAUAUGUGAUUUGGCAUUAUAAAAAAUAUACUUUUUAUAAAAGAUAUUUGGAAGUAGUUUUUAAUUCAUUCAAUUUAAAAAAGCUGCAAGAUGAUUUUCAUUGUUAAGGACUUUUUAAUUUCUUCAUAACUCUUCCAGGAGAUUUAUGUCUGUAUGUUUUGAAGAUAUUGAAUUGCUGUUUUAAUGGUAGUGUAUUUAAAUUUCUGAUUUGUUAGUAGAACAAGUGUUGAUGAGAUUGGACAAUAUAAAGUGUCAGCUAGUACAUGUAUUUGGUAUCCUUUUUUAUUGAAAAAAAAAGUUUUUUAGUUUUGAAGUUGAUCUUCAAUUUUGUUCAAGUUUUGUAUAUUUUUUUUAUUAUGUGUUUAUAUUUUGCCCUAAUUAUGUCAACCCGCCAAUUUUUCCCCCUUUAUUUUUCAUUAGUACUUCAAAGUCUCAGCUUGUAAGAUUUUAAUUUUUUUUGUUUGCAUUAUAAUGAUUUGAUAUCUCUUAGCUUUGAAUUCCAUGCUAUACAUAUACAUUUAGAUCAGGGUUUGAGGUGAUAGACAACAUUAAAACUUUUGUAACUUGAUCAUUUUUGGAAGAAUAUUUGAAUAAUUUUGGAAAGAAACCAUUAUCUGUUUUAAAGUUAUCCAGAAUUCAAAUUAUCAUUGUAAAUUUUAAUACAGAAAUUUUUUUUCAUACAGUAUGUAAUAAAACAUCUGUUUAACAUAAAUGGUUAUCUAGAUUUUGGACUUAGUAUACGAACCUUAUUUAUAUGAUAUUAUAAAAAAAUUGUCUCGUCAAUAUGAACCUGACUAUGAAACCCCAGAAAAUACACAUUAUAUGUUACUGUAUUACUAUAGAACUUGGCAAUUCUAUUAUGAAACAAGUCAAGUUUAAUAUUAAUGAAUUCAAAGUUUUCUCCUUCUCUUUUUCAUCAGUGUCCAUUGGUGUAUUUAUUAUUUCUCUCUUUCCUUUGUUUCCUGUUUUUGGCUUACCUUGACAAAUUUGAUAAAUUUGUCUAGUGCUGCUGAAGAAAUCAUUAAUGAAAGGAAGGAAUUCAAUGCCAAAAGUGAUAGAAAAAAAUAACAUAGUAUUGAUACAUAUUGAUCUAUUUGAAUAAACUAAUUUGUUUCAGAAUGAAAUGAAACCAGUUUUGAAACUGAGACUUUUCUUAAUUUACUUAAAACAUCUGUAACACAAGAGGUAUUUAAUUUUAAACUAAUAGUAAACCAGCAAGAAUUAAUUAAUAUAUUAAUCAUUCAUAUUCCAUUCAUAAGUUUUUGCUCUCUUCUUUUUGUUUGGUGUGAAUGAUGUGCUACAUGUAGAUUUGAGUUAAAAAUGUUUGUUUCUUUCACCAGUAUUUAUAUAAAUACCUUGACGGUAAUGUAAGAAUAAGUGAAAGACAGUCUUUCGUGGUAUUUUUCGAUACCAAUUAUCAUGAUGCUUUCAUUCUGUAAUGAAUUUCAAUCAGUCAUAAAGAAGUUUCCAUCUGUAAUUCAUUUUGUAUGAUUUAGCAAAUGCAUGCACAACAUGGAUGUCAUAGAACUAUGAAUAAAUUGACGAACUAUUA